GCACAAGGAAAAUUUUUUUUUAUUACAUACGAUUAGGAAGAGCACGGUCAAAAUUACACGAAAUCUUCCUUGGAUGCAUUUCACGAUUCGAACAAAGGGGAAAAAAUUCAAACUUUCUAAAAUAACUUUAGGAAAUUGCUUUACGGGCGCCUCGUAGUAUUUGUUGGUGGAAUAUUUUACCAUUGACGGUUCGUAAGAAUUCCAGCGAUAUAUUUUUGUAGAGAAUUGAAUGAGAAAUCUUUCUAAGAAAGUCGUUUAAGUCUGCGUGAAUAAUAAUAAUUGAGAAGUUUAGUUAAUUAUCCCAAAACUACGAAGAUGAUUAUUUCUUCUGUCUCAUUGUAACGAAAAAAAGCAUAGGUGUGAAUUUAAUAAACUUUCAUUUCACAACUUAUAAUGUUAUUCCUUCAAAUUUAAAUAAGUAUGCUUAGAAAACUAACUGACAUACGUCGUUCUUUUUCUGUUUCAAGGAAUGAGUGUCCGCCAUUGUGAUACUGAUCUGGUGAACAAGAUACUACCUUCAAUAUUUGGGUAUCUGAGUUCACCAUUGAUGUCGAUAGAAGCAGCUGUAGACGAGAUCACUGCGUUGAUUCCGAAUUUACAUCGUUACAUUAAAUUUGCCAAAAAACAUUGUCAUCUGUCAAAUCAAUUAACGAAAGACGAAUCAGUUGCUAUUUACCUGUAUUCGAUAGAAUCGGGCGAUCAAAGCUUUUAUCGAGUGCUGAAUAAAGCACUACGAGAUGAGGAUCGAUCAGCACUGAAACUGUGGUUCCCAUACUUAAAUUAUUUGACAGCGCCAUGUCUAAAUUUCCAUCACAGAAUGUUCCAUCACAGAAUGAUAAUGGCGUAUGCGUGUAUCCAUGUGGAUUAACAUAUGAAGGAGAAUGGAAAAAAGACGUUUUCGCAGACUGCGGUGAGUUUAUUUGGGGCAAGGAUACUGAAUGUUAAGGAGAUCAUUAUGAGGAUGAAUUUAUCGAUGACAAAAUGCACGGUCUUGGAGUUCACACAUACGCUAGUGGUGCCCAAUACGAUGGUGAAUACAAAGACGACAAAAAACAUGGGCAUGGGGUUUAUACAUUUCCAAAUGAUGACAGGUAUGAUGGUGCAUACAAAGAUGACAAAAAAUAUGGACAUGGAGCUUAUAGAUAUAAAAAUGGCGAAAGAUACGAUGGCGAAUAUAAAGAUGGUAGAAUACACGGCUGUGGAGUUUACACAUAUCCAAACGGUACCAAAUAUAAAGUUUCAUAUAAAAAUGAUCGUGUACUUUCUCAAACACCUAUUUAG